UCACUGACCCUCAUGAUGAACCUGAUGGGUUUUUUGUAUAAAUGGGCUUGCAAGGGAAUCAUCACCCACACUCUCUACACUGCUCUAGAAGAGAAGGAAACCUGCUUCAUCAUGACCAUGAAGACUCUGCUGCUGGCCUCCGCUCUCUUUGCAGGACUGUUUGGCUCUUUGGCUGCAGUCCCUGUCCCUCCUGCUCCUGCUCCCUACCAUCCCUUCUGCAAAACACUGUGGCUCUUUGCAACACCUUGUGCUGACAUCAGCGCCACAAUAGUGCAACAGAUUCAAGCACUCAGCCCUCUGGUUGCCUGCGAUAUUUGUCAGUAUGAGCUGGUGUCUGCCAACCCCGGAUUUAUCAAAGCCAACCACAACUCCAUUGAUGGUCUCCAGGCUGAGAGCAUAUCCUUCACCUUCACUCCCACUGUCAUGACUGGUGGUUGCCGCGUCUCUGCAUUUUCCAGUUCUCUUGGAUUCACCAGCCGUCUUGAUGAUGGCGUCAAUUACUGCAACCUCUACAACGUGCUGUCAGCGAGUGGACUCACCUCAUCACCAGGCUUCAUGGAGCUGACCAAUGAAUGGGCUUGCCUGAGCUACGGACUCGCCACCUGCAACGACAACUAACAAGCUUCAAUGUUGACCUGACACGACAUGACAUGUUUCUGUUACAUCUGUUUUAAAACAAACAUUUCCCCCCUUACGUCCAAUUGUCUCUGAUAGUUUAUGUAGUGAUAUGUACUGUAUACUGUAGAAACCAUUUCCUAUAUCAGCAUCAAUAAAAAAAAGAAAGAAUUGAAA